AGAGGGCGCUCGCCAAUGUCUGUGACUUGCACACUUCAAUCGCAUUCACAAUCACAGUGCCAAAAUCACUCAACAAACACAGUGAAGAAGUUCAGGAAUUACGAGCAUGAGAAGGUACAGACAAUGGCCGGAUCAAGGAUGAACAAGCGAUUGUUUGUGAUCCUUCUCAUCUUCCUUGUCAUCUGUUGCUUGGGUUGGGUGCGCCUUCUCUUCAUCUUGACCUCGUAUGACCUAGAGCCGAGGCAUGUGCCCGUCUCUCAGCUGGUAGCCUUCUCGACGCGGGUGGACCAUGACCAUGAUUGGUAUCACUCUGUUUGCUUCCGUGGCAUCGAGCAUGAACUGUCUAUAUCGACAUUGGAUGACUUUAUUGAGAAGUGGGCAGUAGCAUACACAAACACAGAAUGCAGCGAUAUGUACAACACCUUCUCCAGUAUCUACAGCGUGAGUCGUCGUUCCGGUCAGCUGAUCAUACCAGAAACCUUUCAGACUAAGCUACUCAGAUGGCUGGGAAACGAUGAAGAACUGCUCAAAGAGGCUAAACUGCAGUUUAUAACUUCCAUAUACAACAAGUACACACAUGAACACACCUUGCUGAAUCCGCUCCGAGCCAAGCGCCCUGGGGUCAAUGACCUUGAGGACAUCGAUGAGUACAUGGAGGACCUUGUCAAGAAAUCUGAGAAAAACUGCGAUUUCUGCGACUAUAAAUAUAAAACUGCAGAGGACACGUUUGGCAGGAUUGAGUCAGAUCUCAGUGCUACGGCAGCAAACGCUUUCAAGAUGGAUGGUUUCCACGCCCUAGUCAUCCUAAAGAACCAGCACGACCCUAGACUCAUUACAGAGGAGCUAUUCCUUGAUGCAAUGCACGUCUCAAUGAAAUGGUUUAUGAAGGUCUACGAUACGGACAAGCAGUACCGCUAUCCACACAUGAUAUGGGAUAGCCUACCCAAAGCCAGCGCUAGUCAGAUCCAUCCACACGCUCAAAUCACCCUCAGUCCGGUCAGACACUAUGGUGGAAUAGAACACUUCAGGAAAGCAGCAAUAAAGUACGGAAGGGAAAAUCACGGGAAAAAUUACUUUACCGAUCUUAUUAAGAUCCACAAUGCACUGGGGCUGACAGUUACUUUAGGCAAUGCCUCGGCCUUAGCCUACCUCACUCCGAAGAAAGAUAACGACGUCAUGAUACUCAGUAAAACACCUUGUCAGGAUUUCUUCAGGUUAGUGUAUUAUACUCUCAGAGCAUUUAUGGAUCUCAAGCUAUACGCAUGGAGCAUGGCCAUGUUUUUACCCAAAUUGGAACCGUAUAGUACACCAGACUAUGACGACAUACCAGCAAUAGCAAGGAUCGUCACAAGAGGGCCUCCUUCAAGCAGCAGGUCUGAUGUCGGAGCCAUGGAACUUUUUUCAAUAAACAAUGUAAACGUCGAUCCUUUCGCGGUUGUCCAAACUUUAAAAGAUUCAGUGGAGAAGCUCGGCUACCCACACAGUGCUUUACAAGAUGCCCAGGCCCAGAAACAGGCCCUACAGCAGCAGAUUCUAGAACUACAGCAGAAACAAUUAGAGCUGGAUAAACAAGUGCAGCAGCAAGAGCAGCAGGCACCAAUCCAACAGCAACAGCAACCGCAGCAGCAGCCACUUCAGCUGCAGCAGUUACAGCAAGAUGGCAGAGAGGGGCCAAGGAUACAGGCUGCUGAUGCCAUCGUGGCACAGGAUGCUCCAGAAGAUGGCAAAAGAAAGCCGGAGGGAAACGGAGUUGCGGCGGAUGAGAUGAAAAAUCUCUCGUGAGACAUUGCAUUGGCGAGACUUACAGAUUUUUAGAGUUUUACCCCGUGUGUUGGUCUUGCGAAGGAUUUCUUAAAGCAUUGAGGUUUUAACAAACAUGUCCUUAACCAGUUCGCGUCAGAGGCCGUGUAUACACGCAAAAGUUUUGUGGUAUUCGGAACGGAUGACAGGUAAACACGCAGGGAUUGAGGCCGGAAAUAUCUGUUAGCGACCCACUUGCAGCGAGUGAGACCGGAAAUAUGAGUAUGCUGACCGAGGCUGAUGGCUUCAACCCACCUGGCUCGAGUGAAAAUUAAUCCCGCGCCUUGUUCCGUUCUUGUCAAAAUAAUCCCGGCGUGAACUGGUUAAGGAGGUUGCCCAACUACAGUUGAGAAUGAUAGUUGGACAAUUUUAAGCCGAACUUUGUCAAGUUGGUAUGGUCUUAACUUGCCCAGUUGAUCAAGAUGUUGGUUGUUUGAAAUGGGCUAGUCGAUUGUUCAGAACCAGCUUG